AUGAUGACACGAAAAGAUAGUACUGUCAAUGAUCCUCUCUCUCAAUCGUUGAAUUACAACACCUAUUCAACAUUUACUCAUGAUUAUCAUCAUCGUCAUAAUCCUUGGGAAAAGCCGACUUAUGCAACAUUUGCCUAUCAACCCACACCGUUCACAAUAGGAACAUUAUCUUCAACCGGUGGUCUAAUGAAUAAAUCUAGUGAUUCAUAUUCAUCAUCGAAUCUUAAUCACACAACUUCGAGUCUCUGUCGACGCCAUACUGAAUCAGCCUUGCCAACAUCGACCUCAAUUUAUGCUUCGUCCACAUCGAAUCAUUUGCUGUGGAAUCCAUUUCAUUACCCACAACACACACCUGCAAAUUAUCAUCCGCCUGGACUUUUUCUUGGAUGGAAUAAUGGUCCAUCGCUAAUGCGUACACAUAGUGCUUCAUUUCGAGAUUAUCCACAAUCAACUCUCUUUCCGCCUUACAAUUUAUCCGGUUCUUCAAUUUCACAACCGACAACAACUACCAAAUCUACUGAACGUCAACCAUCCAUACGACCGAUCAAUACACUGUUCAAUUACGAUUAUUCUCUAUUUUCAAAUGGGAUUCCACCGUCCCAUUUACCAUUGUCUUCAUUACCACCUACGACUGCCCCUUCGAAAUCUAAACGUUCCAUUCCAACUGUCAAACGACGUCCUCGUAUAACUCCACAGCUUCGUUAUGAAAUUCUUAAAUUAAAAACUAAUAAUCCGACCAUGUUCAUUUGGGAAAUUCAACAAGCACUAGUACAGAAUGGUGUUUGCACCAGUCAAACAUUACCAAAUACAGCAGCUAUCCAACGUAUCCUUAAUGAGUCGCCAACAUCUAGUACUUCCAUCAAAGAUGCAUAUGAAUCUCCAUCCAUUUUACCAUUCUCCACAACACUAGAUAAUCUUCCUGAAGCGAAAACUUCAUCGUCAGUGACGAUAUGCCUAUCUUCGUCGCCAUCCGAUACAGAAUCGACAUCGGAGUGUUCGAUUUGUCUCGAUACCUACCGUAGUGGACAAGAAGUUAGUAUCCUAUCGUGUUCGCAUGAGUAUCAUUCGUCAUGUAUCAAAGAAUGGAUGAUCAAGAAUCGUUCGUGUCCAAUGUGUCGAAAGGACAUUCAUAACCAACCCCAAUUUGUUACUUUACUUAUUUGA